AUGAUGUCCCAAGCAUUUAUGUCCAACCUGCUGAGGCAAGAGAAAGCACUAGGCAAACAUGGGUUCAGUGAAGAAAGGUUGAAAGGUAAAGUUUUUCUUUUACAAAAAGCUGUGGGUACUGACUAUGGAAAGAAUGUCUGUGGGAAUGAAGGGAUUCCUGGUGUUACAGGCUCCAUAGCUUGGGAGAAUAGUGGAACCACAAUAGUUUUAAAAUGGACAAAUGACAAUGAAAAACUCUUUGCAACUGAGAACAUUUAA